AUGUCAAGCCACUGGAGUAUUUGGGAGCGGUGGUUGAGGAAGUUGGCAGCAUGGGAAGAGAAAUUAAACACCGAAUUCAAUGUGGUUGGAAUAAUUGGAGAAAGGGUGAUCUGCGACAAGAGAGUGCCUGUAAAGUUGAAGGGAAAGGUACAUAAGUCUGUGGUCAGACCAGCUAUGACCUAUGGUUUAGAAACUGCACCACUGAGAAAAAUCGAGGAAAGAAAAUUGGAUGUUGCUGAAAUGAAAAUGCUCAGAUGGAUGGUGGGGGUAACAAGGAUGGACUGCAUACGGAAUAACUAUAUAAGAGGAUCUCUUAAGGUAACAGAAAUAUCAAGAAUGUUCAGGAAUCAAGACUGCGAUGCAGUAAGUAAGACCAUGGUAGAAAAGAAGGCAACAGCGCGGCAUAAGGCAAGAGAACUUUCCGUAAAGGAAACACGUGCGCAGGGAACUUCAUCUGAUUUGGAAGCGGCAUUGUAG